CAAAUAACAUAGGAAGAAUUCCUUUAGAAGUUUCUAAAUACUAUUAGCAUAUUAUAAGGAUUGGUCAGUUCCAUUAUUUCCUUUUGUCAAUCUUGAUCGGAGCUUGCUGAGGAAGUCUAUAAGCCUGCAUGUGCCUGGCAACUGUUACCUAGUGACAGUUUCAGCUGCAGUAGCCAUUGGCUGUGUUGUUGAUUGGGGCAGGAGGACCGAGUCACCUUUCUGAUGGUGAGUUCUGCAUCAGCUCAGGAUGAGGAGGAGGAGCAGGGCUUGGGCUCAGGUGGAGGCAGGCAGUGAAACUGAGAGAUUGUGAAGAAUCUACCGACAGCAUCCUGGUAACUGCAUCAUAGUAAAUCGGACUUCUGAAUCAAGCAGCCUAGCCUAGCAGCUGAUAAGAGUGAAUGUAGGUGAGAAGUAUUACCUUAUUCCUGUAACAAGAGAACUAUUUUGUGAUAAUUGAAACUAAGAAUGUAAAAGGAGGAAUAUCCUGUGGCUUUUACAGAAGAAGGAUUUCCCUGAAUAAUGUGGUAGUGCACAAGAAAAUAACUUUCAGAAGAACGCUUUCUAUUAAGCUGCUGCAUUGUUCCUGAAGGAAAUGUUUUUAUUUCUAGAGUAUGCUCUUUCUUCAAAAGCUAUGAUAACAAUGACUGACAAGAGACUCUGAAAUGCUUAUACUUUAAGGGGGAAAAAAUAAAAGACUUUGACAAAUGUUAACCUGAUACAAGAAUGACCUUGGAAGCUUUUUGGAUGGAUUUUAUCCUGCCAGCCUUUCAGUAUUUCAAAGUCGAAGAUUUAAACUCAUCAUGAUGUUUUGAGGUAUUUUAAAGCAAAUCUAUCUCAGAACCUACCUAAUGGCCCUGGUAUUAAUUGAACACUUGCUCAAAAUAGAAUACAGAAAUAGAAGAGGCAUUUUCUUAACAUGUGGUGGCUACAUAUUUGCAAAUACAAUAAAUAAGCUUACCCUCUUCUCUUAUCCCCCAAAGCUGAGAUGUGUCAGUGGUGAACUAAGGCUGAUGAAGAGAUCUGAGCACCCUGGGACACUCAGCUGUGAGAGAAGGACUGACACUGUCUGCCGAAGCAGGUUCUGAGGCACUUGUGUGCAGAGUUUAACAGAUGCUGGAAAAGGCACCUGCUUGCUGGAGCCAAGACUGCAAGUUCUUCUAAUUCCAAGCCAUGAAUGAAUCCAGGGGGACUGACUGGAAGAUCCUGAACAUGAGCAGUGGCAUUGUGAAUAUGUCUGAGCGUCACUCUUGCCCACUUGGAUUUGGUCACUACAGUGCAGUGGAUGUCUGCAUCCUUGAGACAGUCAUUAUUGUCUUGCUGACAUUUCUAAUCAUUGCUGGGAAUUUAACGGUCAUCUUUGUCUUUCACUGUGCUCCACUGUUACAUCAUUAUACUACCAGCUAUUUUAUACAGACAAUGGCAUAUGCUGAUCUCUUUGUUGGAGUUAGCUGCUUGGUUCCUACUCUCUCACUUCUUCACUAUUCCACAGGUGUCCACGAGUCAUUGACUUGCCAGGUUUUUGGAUAUAUCAUCUCAGUUCUAAAAAGUGUUUCUAUGGCAUGUCUUGCUUGCAUCAGUGUGGAUCGCUAUCUUGCAAUAACCAAGCCUCUUUCUUACAAUCAACUGGUCACCUCUUGUCGCCUGAGAAUUUGCAUUAUUUUGAUCUGGAUCUAUUCCUGCCUAAUUUUUUUGCCUUCCUUUUUUGGUUGGGGGAAACCUGGUUACCAUGGUGACAUUUUUGAAUGGUGUGCCACCUCUUGGCUCACAAGUGCCUAUUUUACUGGCUUUAUUGUUUGUUUACUUUAUGCUCCUGCUGCCUUUGUUGUCUGCUUCACUUACUUUCACAUUUUCAGAAUUUGCCGACAGCACACCAAAGAAAUAAAUGACCGAAGAGCCCGAUUCCCUAGCCAUGAAGUAGAUGCUUCCAGAGAGACAGGACACAGCCCCGACCGACGCUAUGCCAUGGUUUUAUUUAGAAUAACCAGUGUAUUUUACAUGCUCUGGCUCCCCUAUAUUAUUUACUUUCUUCUAGAAAGCUCCCGAGUCUUGGACAAUCCAACACUGUCCUUCUUAACAACCUGGCUUGCUAUAAGUAAUAGCUUUUGUAACUGUGUGAUAUACAGCCUCUCCAACAGUGUUUUCCGGCUAGGCCUCCGAAGACUUUCUGAGACAAUGUGCACAUCUUGUACAUGUGUGAAAGAUCAGGAAGCACGAGACCCCAAACCUAGGAAACGGGCGAAUUCCUGCUCCAUUUGAAGAGACUAAGACUAAAUCAAAUGUAAUCUGACAGUGGGUUUGGAGUAAAUUCUUGAUUCAUCUGGAAAGUUGCCACCAGAGAAAUAUUUACUUGAAUAGUUCACUGUUAAAUGAAGGAUGAUGCUAAAUGUCUCUUUCUUAAAACCUUUUUCAUGGAGAAAACUAAAGGAAAGGAUGUAUACAGGGUAAUCUCAUGAGAGAAUUAUAGUGUAUGAAUGUAAAUGUGCAGUAAUAAGAAUAAUUCGGUACUGAGGAUGAAAAAAGUAUCUCAAGUCUUCUAUAGGACAUAAGCAAGCCUCUUGACACCUCUGUUUUUCUGUCUGUACUCUCUGCCUUUGUCUUUGUCUCUCAUUUUGUCUCUUUCCAUGUCUCUCACUCUGUUGUGUUUGUGGAAAUUAUUUUCAUAAAUUGUCCUUUACAGAAAAAUGCUACAUAUUAUAUAUGUGGCCAAGUAUAACCUUUUGUAUCCAAAUAUACUUUUAAACACACUAAUCUACAUUCAUAAGUGAUUUCUUCAUGAAAGAUGCACAGUAAGCAUUGUUUCAUGAUCUGUCACACAACCCUUUUGUUCAUGUUUUUAUAAUUUUCUCUGCAGCCCAGAUUUUGUGCUGCAAACAAACAAACCAACGCUAUUUUGUUCCUUCUGCGUAAAAUGACUUUGCUUUCUUCCCACUUUCCUAACAUCCUAUUAUUUUUUCUUCUUUACUUUUUAAAAAAAUACGAAUUCUAUGGUAUCUUACUCCUGAAAUGUCUUAGCUAAUGAAGGAAACUAAUGUAUAAAGCAAUCAUAAUGUUAAAUAAUUUAUUCCUUCCAGUAAAGCAAUGUAGUCACCUAUUGGGGAUACUGGGUCAAAUAUUUUUAAUGGGAUUUUGGGAACAGUUUUAUCUUUUUUCUUUGAAGUUAGUUCAUGUGCCUAAUGUGGUGUCUUUUUUUUGCUGUAGUAGACCUUUGUUCUUUUAAAGAAAACCUACAAGUAAUUCUAAUUCAGAUACAGGAUAUUCAGUAGUGGUGUAUCACUCUUAAUGCUGCUAGGAAUGUCCUUAAAAAAAGUAAAACAUUAACUAUUUUUUGUGUUAGGUCUAUAAUAGCUUACUGUUGUGUCCACUAGACAUUUGUGUGAUACUCAUUUGCACAUAAUAUAUUUUUUAAAACAAAGAAAGUGUAAAUUAUAUUAUGUGAUCUGUGCCUAAUGUUUUCUUAGCACAAUACAGAAGUCAAUGUUGUUUAAGUUGUCAACAUUGGGAAAAGUAUAUAUAAGAACUUAUUUUAAAAAGAAAAUACUUUUAUGUAGUUGUUAUUUAGAUAUUUAUAUUAGCUGCAUUCUUAGUGCUGCUGAGAUUAUAUAACAUAUGUAGUUAUCAAAUAAAAGUAAGAGCUAUCAGUAUUGUAUUUUAUAAUGGCCUGUUUUCAGAUGUAGAGAUUAAUUUAUUUUUUAGUGUGCUGAGAUUAUGUAAUAAAUUGUCAGGGGUUUAGAUGUAGCAAAGUGACAAUUAGAUGAAUUAAUAAAGAAGCAGGUGUGAGCAGUGGAAUAUCUAUACCUUACUUUUUUAUAAGUUGGAAAAUUUAUAUAACUACUGAGUAUUUUUCUUCUCAGCAUAAUAAUUUUCUUGUUUUAUGAAGUGCAUUUAAUGAAAUGUGCCUCUGACUCUUUAACUUAGAAGCCAACCAUGUGUGCAUACUGGUGGUUUGACUUCAGAAGUCCUUUAGUAAGAAAUGUUGUCUUUUUAUUGAGGUUGUUCUGAACCCCUGUGUAUUUUUUAAACAUAUAAGAAAAGUUUAAAGUAAAUAAUAAAAUAGUAUUCUAUAUAUCAAAAUUAGACUUUGCUUCACUUUAAUAAACGUAAGUAUCAAGAGUUUACUUAUUUGUGGGUCAGAACCUAGUUGUUUUACACUUCUCUUAUAGGGGUUUAUUGUUAUUCUUGUUCCCUGUUUGGCAGUGGAUCCUUGAAUGGUUGAAGUGCACCUUUUAAAUUCAAGGAAAAUAUGAAGUUCAAGACAACAUACCAUUGCUAAUUUUUCAGACAUCCUAAAUAAAACCUUCAACAUUAUAUACAUUGGUUGGGAAUCAAAUUUUGAUUCCUUUAGUGUAGAGUUUAAAUAUAAUUUGAAGAGAUCUAUAGAUGCUCAAGAAGCUUAAGGCCAUGCUGAUUGUGUUCUCUUCUUGCUUUUCCUUGGAAUAAUGAAUAACAAUUGUGUGCCAGGCUUAGUGUUAAACUUUACAUGUAUUAACACACUUAAUCCUCACUACAGCCCUGUGAGAUGGUAGUAUUGUUAUUCAUGGGCUAGAGAUGAGGAAAUUAAAGAAAAGUGAUGUACUCAAGAUCACUGAGCUAGUCAGUGACAGGUUCCUGCACACUCUGUUGGCCUACCUCUGCCUGUACUUUCUUCCCUAUAAAAUUUCUCUGAGUUUUACCUUUUUUCUAACCCUCUGUCUUCUGCUACAGUUUGUUACUUGUGAUAUCUUUUUCUUUGAUCUUGUAAGUUUUUUUUAUUAAAUCAGCAGUCUGAGAAGCUCAAAUCUACCAAUUUAGUCUUUAAUCAAACUGAAACUCUAGGGCAUGGUAUCUCCUUGAUAUUACUUUUGUUCAUUUUUGUUACGUUUUCCUUGAAUAACUUUUUCACAUCUCUGAAUUUCUUUUUGAAAAAGUCUUUUGAAGGGGAAGAAUGAAAAAGAAAGGCUUUAUUGCACUGAAAGGUGAUUGACUCAGGCAAUUUCUGGUUUAGGUUGUUCUUUACUUACUCCAGUGGUUUAUGGGCAGCAGUAGGGCAGGCAGCUGCUUUCUUUUGAUAUUUUCCUAUGUCCACAUAAUAAAGUACUCUCUUUUUUAGAUUACUAUGUUUUAAGAAUAGGCAGCAUAACUAUGUUUGCUCUAUCAUUCUGUUUUAUUCUAUGGUGGUUGUCCAGUUUGAUUAUAAAUGAUAGUAAAAAAUAAUGCUGUGUUCUAUAAGGAUUCUGUGAUUUCUGUAGUUGUUUCUAAAGUUAUGCAAUGUUGAAAAGGCUUUAUAACCUAUGAGUGUGUGAAACCUGGGGUGAAAUCCUGGCCCUUAUAAGCUGUUUGGCCUUAGGUAAGAUACUGAAUGUUCCAAAAUGUCAGUUUUCUUAUUGAUAGUGUCAGAGACUUGUUCCUCCCUGUUCAGAUGGAUUUGAAAACUAAAUGAUAUUUUGUAGCCUGUGUGCUUGGCAUAGCUCCUUGCACAGAGAAAGUGUUCAGAAUGUGGUAGCUGCUUUUUUAUCUUUGUGGGUGCCAUUUUUUUUUACCGUCACAAUUUAAAGAUCACUAAUUCUAAUUUAAACAAUUCAUUGAUCAUUAAUGUUUUCUAAAAUAUCACUAUUUUCCACUUUAAAAUCUGUUAAACCUAGAUGUUUUUAAAUAUAGAAAAGUUCCAUAAUUUCUAAAACUCAUAUUUUGUCUUUGACUUUAGAAAUUUUGAUUCCAGUUUUACUUUAUUUUCUGCUAAAGUUUAAAUAAGGAUGUUGAAAGUUUAAAAAUGCCAGAACAUACUAUAUAAAUUCAGGGUGAUAGCAUUACCUUAAUUGUGAAGCACAAAAAUAGUCCAAAUUUUAGUUUCUUCUCUAAAAUUCAAGUUGUACUUUUGAAUCAAAUGUUGAGUAGCAAGAGAAAAACAAUGGAUUUGUCUGAGAUUAUGCCCUGACAUAAAGAUAUGUGUGUAUGUAUUCUACAAUUUUAAAACUUUUUUUUCUACUAGAGUUUGAAAUUUAAAAUAGGUAUUACUAGAUCACACAUUUUAUGUUAAUAACACUUUCACACUUUUUCUAUUUACUUUCAGGAAUUUUAUAAUUAAGUAUGCUAAAUUGGUAAAAUUGAUAUUAUAAAUGAUAAAUUUGGAGAGGAUUAAAGAUAAUUUGGUAAGGACAGGUAGAAAAAGCCUGCUUUUAAUAUAGCAACCUAAACUAUUUGACUUUUAAAAUUUUAUUUUGGCAAAGAAAAAUGAUUCAAAAU